AUGGGAUAUGCCAUGGCAAGCAACCUACGCCGAAAGAUGCCGUCCUCUGCAGCUCUAUAUGUGUACGAUGUAUAUCGACCUUCGUGCGAGCGUUUCGCAUCUGAGCAUUGGAAGCUCGGCACCAUCGUGAUCGCCGACUCUGCCAAACAUGCAGCUGCGAAUUCCAGGUUCAUUAUAUCCAUAGUUCCAACCGCAGAAAACGUUCGGCAAAUCUACCUCGACCCAAACUCUGGCUUGGUCGCGGCGCCGGCAGAUUCCAACCGUAUAAUUAUCGAAUGCAGUACCAUAAGCUCCGAGUCCACACGCGAGGUUGGUGAAGCAUUGCAAGCAUCCGGCCAUGGCUACUAUAUCGAUGCUCCUCUUUCCGGUGGUGUUCCCGCUGCUGAAGCAGGUACUCUUUCUUUCAUGAUUGGCAGCGUGGCGCCCACCGAUAAUGAACCUUCUGGGUCCAUCCCCUCAAGAAUCAAAAACGUCCUCACCAUGCUUGGCGAGCCAAAAAAGCUCUUCUGGUGUAACAAACUUGGAUGUGGUUUGGCGGCCAAAAUCAGUAAUAACUAUAUCUCCUGUACGUCAUUACUGGUAAUAGCUGAAGCGAUGGCCAUUGGUAUUAGGAACGGCAUUGAACCUAAAUUGCUAUACGAGGUUAUUCGCAACUCGUCUGGCCAGAGUUUCAUGUGCGACCAUGUCAAUCCGGCUCCUGGGACUGUUGCUCAUGCGCCGAGCAGCAACAAUUGGAAACUGGGGUUCAAAACCCAAAUGAUGCCUAAAGAUAUUGGCCUGGGAGUGGACGCAGCGAAAAAGGUCGGUAUUACACCCACGAUGGCCGAUGCGGCAAUCGAGGUGUGGAAGAAGGCUGCACAAGAUCCGAGGUGCAUCGACCGAGAUGGUUCAUCAGUGUGGCUCUAUCUCAACGAUAUCAAGGAGUAA